UCAUUCCCGGGACAGUUCCAAAGUUCACUCCGAGCACUAGGAGCACUGCCCUUCCUCCUCUCCAGGAGCAAAAUGAAAGCUUGGAAUUAAUGAUACAGACUAGAAAACUGUAGCCGGCAGACCCUGAGCAGCAGACAGAAAGCAGGCCAGCCCCUCCCACCACAGCCCCAGGCUCAAGUGGGCGGAGACAGGGUGUGGAGGGCAACAGGUGUGCAGAUCAGUUGCACCCAGGAACACAACUUCCUCCAGAACUACCCUUGAAGGUUGGCUUCCAUCUCAGCUUGCCCCUCCUGCCAUGGGACUCUCCCAGAAGGAACGGGUCUUCGUAGCCCUCUUGGGGAUCGCAGCAGCCUCGGGCCUCACCAUGCUCCUGCUCAUCCUGGUGAAGGCCACCAACGUCUUCCUGCCUGCAGACACCAAGUUUGGAAUUGUGUUUGACGCCGGCUCCUCCCACACAUCCCUGUUUGUGUACCAGUGGCCAGCAAACAAGGAGAAGGACACUGGAGUGGUCAGUCAGACCCUGGCUUGCCAGAUAGAAGGACCUGGGAUCUCUUCCUACGCCUCUGACCCAACACAGGCUGGGGAAAGCCUGAAGAGCUGCCUGGAGGAGGCGCUGGCACUGAUCCCACAGACCCAGCAUCAAGAGACGCCCACAUUCUUGGGGGCCACAGCAGGAAUGAGGCUGCUCAGCCAGAAGAACAGCUCUCAGGCAAGAGACAUUCUAGCAGCUGUCUCCCUGACACUAAGCAAGUCUCCUGUGGAUUUUUGGGGUGCCGAGAUCUUGGCUGGGCAGGAUGAAGGUGCCUUUGGUUGGAUCACUAUCAACUAUGUCCUGGGGAUGCUCCUCAAGUAUUCCUCUGGACAGUGGAUUCUGCCUGAAGACAGGAUGCUGGUUGGUGCUCUGGACCUGGGUGGAGCCUCCACACAGAUCAGCUUCGUGCCUCAGGGCCCCAUCCUGAACCAGAGCAGCCAGGUUACCUUCCGUCUGUACGGGGCCAACUACAGCGUCUAUACUCACAGCUACCUCUGUUUUGGGCGGGACCAGGUCCUGAUAAGGCUCCUGGCUGAUCUGGCACAAGUUAGACGGAACAGCUCAGAACCCCGGGUCCAACACCCAUGCUACCAUAGCGGCUACCAGGCCACAUUGUCACUGGCCCCGGUGUAUGAGUCGCCCUGUGUCCAUACUACAGAUUCCCUGAACUUCACUCAGAACCUCACAGUUGAAGGGACAGGCAACCCCAGGGACUGUGUGGCAGCCCUCCGAAAUCUCUUCAAUUCCUCCAGCUGUAAGGACCAAGAUUGUGCUUUCAGUGGAGUCUACCAGCCUCCUGUAUAUGGCCAGUUCUAUGCCUUUUCCAACUUCUACUAUACUUUCCACUUCCUGAACCUCACCUCCAGGCAGCCGCUGAACAUUGUCAAUGACACAGUCUGGAAGUUCUGUCAAACACCCUGGAAACUGGUGGAAGCCAGCUACCCUGGGCAGGAGCGCUGGCUACGGGACUACUGUGCCUCAGGCCUGUACAUCCUCGUAUUGCUGCUGGAGGGCUACAAAUUCAGUGAGGAGACCUGGCCCAACAUCCAGUUCCAGAAGCAGGCAGGUGGCAUGGACAUUGGCUGGACACUGGGCUACAUGCUGAACCUCACGGGCAUGAUUCCAGCAGAGGCACCCACCCAGUGGCGGGCGCAGAGCUACAGCAUCUGGACGGCAGGAGUGGUGUUUGCAGUACUGACCCUCGUGGCCAUUCUAGGAGCAGCUGCAGUCCAGCUCUUCUGGACCCAGGACUAGGGGAAACCAAGCGGAAAUAGAUCACAGGCUGUUCCGCAUCUAAAGCAGGAACAGCGUUCAGAUUCAGCAGCAACGGCAUAAAAGUCUGUGUUGUCUGCCUUGUGAGCCACCAUCCACCGUCCUCAGGAAAGAAAGCCUUUAGCACACAGGACCCACGGCGCACAUCCUGGAUGCCUGCCCUCAUGAACCCCUGACCUUUAAGGGCUCUAGUCCUUCAAGCAGACCAAGUGGGCCAAUUCCUGAUAGUAUUGACUCCCCUCUGCCCUCAGGGUGGCACUGGCUAUGGGGUCUGUAGUCUUCCAAGGGAUGGAAACAGGAGGCUCUGGGAAGGGGCAGCUGUGGGACAGGGAUACCUCCGAAGGCUGUGGCUAGCCCAGCAGGACUAGGGCUACCUCUGAAAGCGUGGUCAGCCCAGCAGAAGCCCCUGCUUCCUCGCUAUAAUCAAAGUAGACCAGACAGUCAGAAUCCAGGUCUGUGGACCAGCCCAGCUUCCCUCUGCCAAGAACUUUUGGUUGGAUCCUCUUUAUCAUCAACCCCGGAAGGCAGACCACACAGGGAUGAGGGGGAAAGUUUG